AUGGACAGGGAAGCUCAUGCAGAAGAUGAGCCCAGAGGAGGGACUGGGUUAGUGGAUGCCUUUAAGAUCCUCUCUAAGGUCCCAUAUGAGAGACAGCUAAGCCUGACUUUCAAGUUGGGUGGCAGCCUGGCUGAGGAGCUGGUACAUGCCAUGUCUCUCAUCAGCCUCGGGAAGCGGUCAGAGGCACUGGACAAGCUCCAGGCUUUGGGAGACAACAACAUCAUUGCUAACCAUCUGGUUGAAAAGGUGAGAAUGUGUGGAGUCAAGUUGGAGGACUUAACAGUGAGCAUUGUUCCUUUCCAAGAGUCUACCGUGGGCACCUUAGCAGACCUAGCGAGGAUUUUCAAGGUGUUGGCUGAGGAGAGGUUGUGUGACUCAUCUCUGAGGGAUUUGGCUUACCAGACAGCUCUAGCCACAUGCAAGCACAAUAACAGUGGUGAAGAGAGUUCUGAAUCAGAAUACAUACAGAUGCAGCUGAGAGAGGAAGCCAAACGGGUCUGCGGGCCUCAGAUUGAGGACACAGUUAGGGGGAUGUGUUUCCCUAAGGACUCCUCAUCAGGACUUUGCUCCAUCCCCCCACUGGACCAAGGGAGCACAGCUUUACAAAAAUCAGGCUUUCCCAAUCAGACAGGAAGUGGUCACAGUCCGCCGUCCUCCCUACGGGACGACACCUCCAUAUGUUCCUACCCUACUCACUUGGAGAUCAGUGUAUCCGAAACGGUUGGCUUUAAAACAAGCAACAUCCCUUCCCAGCCUCCUCCUCCAAUGAAUUUGGAGCCUGUGCAAUCACCUGUUCCAAAUUGUGGUACAAAUACAGGAGACGAAGGUGCAUUUAAAUACUUUUCCAGGGUUACUUCUCGGGAUACACCACCCACACAAAAUGUGCCUGAGCCUGUUAAAGGAGAAAUGGACAGAGUUACAAGUGUUGCAGUGUCUCGCGAACACAGAACAGGGUCAGAGGAGGUGAGAGUUUCACCCCUUUCUCCUUUCUCUUUUACUCCAGCUCACACUAAGUUUGAUAACCCUGAGAGUCCAAACGCACAUUCCGAACCAUGUCCAAAAAAUAACCCUGUGCCUACCUCAAACACCUAUAGGCCAACUUCUCAUCCGACUACCACUGAAUCAGUGUCAGCAAGUGUUCCAUUGAAAACAUCAAAUCAGAAGAUGGAGGAGGAGGAGGAGGAAGUGUUUUUCUCCUUUGUCAUCUUGCAUGCAGCAGAGGACAAGGAUAUGGCUGAGACGUUUAAAGAGAAACUAGAGGCUAUAGUUGUAGGUGAAGGAGCAACCUUCUCUCAGGAAUUUGCCGUCCCAGGCAGGAACACCCUCAUGUGUGUGGAGGAUGCCAUCAACAAUUCAGCCUUCACUAUCCUGAUGCUUACUCGCAACUUCAACACCCGUCUGCUGGAGGUAGAAACCAGUUCUGUGCUCAUGAAUGCCAUUGAGAACCGGCACAAGUACAACACUGUCAUCCCUUUUCUGCCACAGGAGAACCGUAUGCCCCGAGAGAACAUGCCCAAAGUUCUGAGGAUCUUUAUUCCGUUAGAGGAAGGUAAUGCCUUUGAGAAAAAGGCAAAAAGGGCCAUGGCUUCAGCAAGGAUUGCUCAACAGAGGACGGUGUGGUUGAGCGAGCAGGCAGUGAAGGCGCAGGUUAGGAGACAGGAGAGACUACGACUAGAGGAAAAGCUUCAAAUGGAUUUCAUUCGUGAAUGUCAGGAGACGAAAAGGCUAGAGAAUGAAAGAAUGCAGAGAUAUUUGUUGCAACAACAACUUGCCAAUCAACCCUCGACUCCCGCAAUGCCUCACUUUACUGCUCCAUUUUUAGGAAGUAUGCCUGUAAAUGUGUCCAAUAUGUCAGUGACACCACAGCAAGAUGGGUGGAGUCACCCAUCAGGAAACAUCCACAUUCAGAAUGCUCGCUAUAUCAUGUUUGGGAAUGACUCUAAAAUGACUGUCAGACAAGGUGGGGACAGCAGUGGGGAUGAAGAUGACAGGUUCUAAAUGGGAUAUGAUGUAAUAAAGGAGAGGAGGGUUAAAUGUGAUCUUGUGAAAGCUAGUUAUUCUGGAGUAAUCAUUUAGGGGUAUAUUCCACUUUUGGAAUAGAAAUCCUGUUUAUUUUCUUAUUGAAGACCAUUUUGUGUAUUGAUGGUGUUUUUACAUUGAAUAUGAUCAUAGUUCAAUGUUACAUUAGUUGAUUGCUUAAACAUUGUAUUUCCGAUGCCCUGUACCAUUUAAGAGAAUGUUCUCAUUUUGAAUCAACUGUCAUCGCUUGCAAAAGCUGUAAUUAAAAACAUCUGGAGACAAUGGUGCAGUCUCAGUCUCAGGUGCACAGAGAAUGAGAGGAUUGGUGCAAACUGGUGAAUAGGUAAUCAGAUUAGAUGAAAAAUGAGAAGUUUGUUUGGAUUUCAUUGGUGUAAUAUAAUUGUUUCCCUUUUAAAAUUCUAUCAGUGUUUUUUUUGUUCAUUGUGUUCAAUUACUUCCGAUAUGCAUUAAAUACGUAAGGCUCUUUUUACUUGAACCUAUUUGUUGAUACUGUGUUUAACUUAACAAGGCCUACUACAUAUGGUUCAACAAUAGAGCAGCAUAAAGGAAUUCAAGCUUGAUUACAUUUUAUUCAAUCAAUAGUCUAGAGGUACAUAACAUUUUAUAUAAAAUAAUAUGUGCAAAAAAUACAAACAACAAAGAUGUAGAUACAUUUAGAUUUUGUAGAAAUAUCAGUGAAUGUGCAUGGGUAAAACAUGUGCCUAUUUAAAAACAUUUAGUAUAUGGGAUAGCAAAAUAAACAAUGAGAAGAUCAAUGUAGUCAGUCAUGUAUCAGUAUUUCCCCCCAGAUCUGGUUUUCUGAUUGUAAUAUCCUUUAAAACAGGUCGGUAAAAUACAUUUAUUUUUAACUGGCUAAGGGAAUAUAAUGUCCUUGAAGACUGGGGACCUCCACUGGCAGCCCGGCAGGGAGUAGAGGGGGUGCGGUUUCACUAACAUACUGUUACAUGACUCCUUUACCCGGGUCAUGCACACCUGAUUUGGGCCAUGUAUGUCCCAGCUAUGCAGUCUCCUUGUGGGUUUCAUGGGCCGAUCAUAGCACCAUCUCGCCGGUCCCACAGGUCUGUCAUAAGAGUCCAGGAACCUCUCGAUUGAGUAAUAAGGUCCCAGAGAUCCCACUCCACCUCCAUGGAGCCUCUGUGAGUGAUAGAAAGGCGAAGUCCAGUCCACAGACCCAGUAGAGUCAUAAUAACCUCUUGGUUCCUGUGGAGGGUACUGUAACUUCAUCCAGCCCAAGGAUCCAUGCAGCCCACUUCUACUCCCACAGUGCCUCUCCCAAUGGCUGCAGCCUAGCUCUGUCCAGCACCAGCCCAGAGAGCCAGCCAUACUGUACCCGGCCUCCAGCGCCCUCUGGUGCCUGCUCCUCCUGGCCUUCCUGUGCUGCCUGAAGUCCCCCAGCAGGAAGUUUCCCAGGUGGGCUGGGUGGAUGCCCCAAUGGUGGCCCUUCCCGUCCUCGCAGCGGCCCACCUUGAUUUAUAG